AAAUUAUAAUGUUGGCACAUAUUUCUUGCUUUAUGCUGGAAAUAGAAAUAUUCCGAUCAGGUCGGCACUUGGCAAUAAAUUCUUUGCACCGCUGUCUAAACUCUGACAAAACAUUCCCUUUAAGUCUACCUACCAGCUACCAUAGUACAUACAUAGUAGUAUGAUUUAUUAUUUCAAAAUCGAUAUAGAAAAAUGGGCGAUGAGAAUUUGAUCCUCAAGAUGAGGCUGCCGUUUCUGGCUUGGUUUCACCUCCGAUCCCGACCCGGCCCACCGUACAUCGUGAAGUGCUUCUCGUACAAUGAUAUAAAGAGGGCUACCAAUGGAUUCAGAAGAGUUGUUGAGAGCUCCUCUAGAGGAGCUAUUUACGAGGCCAAGUUCCAAAAUGGCCGUGUUGCAAUAGUCAAAGAAGUCAAACUUUCGGUCUGUGAGGAUCUUGACUUGUUUUAUAGGGAAGUCCAAAUCUUGGGUCGAUUGCAUCAUCGCCACAUUGCUGCUCUGUGUGGGUUUUCUGAUGGUCCUAAGCGCUUCCUAGUGUUUGAGAACACGGAAAACGGAAGCUUGAAAGAGCAUCUUUCUGAUCCUCUAAAAACUCCGUUGAAUUGGAGAACGAGACUACAAAUAGCAAUCGGCAUAUCUGCUGCAGUGGAAUAUUUGCAUUUUUUCUGUGACCCGCCAAUAUAUAAUAUCUCCAUAAGUUCAAGCACAAUCAUGUUGGAUGAAAGUCUAAUCCCAAAGAUUUCAGAUAUUAGCCUGUUUAGCAAAGCUGGAACUCGAGUUUUGCUGCCAGGCUCUUCUCGUUGUUCGAAAGUAUGCACGAAUGAAGUGUGCAAAAAAAUGAUUUUCCAACUUGGAUUGGUGAUUUUGGAGCUCGUUACAGGUCAGUCCUCAGAAAAGGGUGGGUUGGAUUUAAUAGAGUGGGUUAGAGAACCGAAUUUCUCGAGAUCGAUUCAUAAGAUGAUCGAUCCUGAUCUUGGAAAUAAUUACGACGGGAGGGAACUUAAUGGCCUCCUAAAUGUUGCAAGAUUGUGCAUAGAUUCUGUAAAUAAGCAAAGGAUAUGUACGCCUCAAAUUCUGUGGUAUUUGCAGAAGAAAAUUCGAAUCACAAGAAGUUAGAUUUUGUGAAUUUUGGCAUGCGUUAGUGUUAUUUAUUUGUUUCUUGUAUAGAUGUAGCUGUAGUAUAAGCAGUUUGGAAGAUCAUAUUUAUUGUUUGGCAUGUUAUGAUUUAAUAAACCGUUUCUACCUUUACUAUAAGUUGAAAUUCAU